AUGGGGGAAGCCUUUGACGAGGGAUAUUCUCUAAUUGUAAAAUUAAAUGAAGCAUGUUUGUUGGAGUUGGAUUAUGACUUUACUGAAGAUUAUGUCAAAUUACAUGAUGUGAUUCGUGAUAUGGCACUGUGGAUUGUGUCCGAGUGUGGGAAGAAAAAGAACAAAUGGAUUGUUGGUGGAAGAGAUGAUGAUUUAGGACAAUUUUCAAAGUGGGAAGCAGGCAACUGGCAGGAGACAGAACUAAUAUCGUUUAAUGGUACUUUGUUUGGUAAUAGUGUCCAGAAAUUUUUAAGUAAUAAAAAUAUUGAUGAAAAGUGCCAAGUUUCUGUUGCAGCAACUUCUCCUAGAUAUCCUAAUCUCCAGAGUUUAUUUAUGGUUGAAAAUUCUGGAUGUGGAAUAGAGAAGGACGAGGUACUGGUUAUACACCUUUUCCCUCAUAUGCCAUCUCUCACACAUUUGAACUUAUCUGGGGCAAAUAUCUCGGGUCUUUCAAAAGAAAUUCAAGUUCUAGUUAAUCUUCAAUACCUCAACAUCAGCGCCACAAGCAUUCGGUCACUUCCACCUGAACUUGAAGAGCUGAAGCAAUUAAAAUACUUCUUCUUCAGUCAUCCAUAUUUUGUAAGUGAAGGUGGACUUGUUCCAAUUAAAGCUGAUGGGUUGUCUGCAUUAUCAAGGUUGCCUGAGUUGCAUGUGCUUGAUCUUUAUGAACAUACUUGUUUAGAAGCAGGUGACUUAAGGAUAUUGAUGGAUAGGAAGAGGAUUAAAGCGAUCAGUAUGGAUGUGGAAUUAGUUGAGAUUCUUCGACUUCUCAAAGAUUUGCCGACUUGGAAAAUAAAUUUGAGAAACAUACAUGAUAUGCCUACCCUCCAGCUUUGUGACUUGAGUUACAAAUGUGAUGGUGAGAGUUUGAUGGAGUUACAAAUCAGUGAUUGUGGCUUUGAGGAUUUGUUGAUAAAUGGCAGUGGGGUCAGUCUAAAGCAUCUCCAAUUGAAUGGUCUUGCAAAGCUCAAGCAAAUCACUCGACCAGCAGAAGCAUUUCGUAAUGGAUGUUUCCCGAAGUUGACAUAUGUUUCCAUUAGUGAUUGUGAUUCUCUGAGGAGUCUUUCAUGGGUUUUGCAUCUCCCAUGCCUUAGGACAUUACAAGCAUGGGAUUGCUCAGCAAUAGAGGAAUUAAUUGACCCUCGAGAGAUGCAACAAGCUUCAUCAGGCCUUCCCACCUUUCCUAACCUACAUUUAUUGUUUUUAUAUAGCAUGCCCAACUUAGUGAGUUUAAGCACAUGUUCAUUGGAUUUCCCUGUUUUGUCUGUACUUAUGUUGAAAAGGUGUCCAAAGCUAAAGAAACUUCCUUUCAAGUCAUCCAUUGUCAAUAAUAAAUUAAAAAUUGUGGACAUUGACGGUGACUUGUGGGAGAGUUUGGAAUGGGAGGACACAACAAUCCGAUCUCACCUCGCGAAGUUUCUCUAA